CGACGUGUAGGUAGAGGGAGGAGCUCUUGCUGGCAACGCCAGAUUCCCCUGCCCCCUUCCAUUGGAGCUCCCCUCCUCUCCCCCUUCGCUCCCCUCCUUAUCCCUCCUCUCCCCUCCCCUCUGCCGCAGCCCAGCUCCUAGCGCGUCAGCGUGGGCUUCCCGGAGCGAGUCGCUAGGUAACAGGGCUGGCUCCGCAGACCCGGGCCGGGGAAGCCCGCGCGCGUCCUCAGCAUCUGCGCCGCGGGGCGGGGAACGCACUGACCCUCCCCUAUAGGGUCCUGCAGACCCCCUCCGCUGGCUCGCAGUCCCCUCCUCGGAUGCCUUAAGGGCGGCCACUGCUGCCGCGGAGUUGCCCCUCCCCUGCGGGGACCCCGACGUCGCCGCCCCCUUCUCCUCCCACGCUGGUCCGCACCACUCUCCGCACGGCCAGCCGCCCUCUGCGAUCUUCCCGCCGAGCCCAGGCGCGGGGCAUGAGGAGCCCCUGGGUAUCGCCUGCAGACAACCCAGCCUCGCGCACACCUCGCCAGUCGCUGACAGAGACAUGAGCAGCAUGAUUGGGUUGCGGUGUCCGGCGGCCAGCCUCAGCCGGAGGCGGCCAGUGGGUCUGCGCUGCUUGGGAGAAUGAGGCAGGAACCCACGGCCACCUCUCUUUCCUCCUUCUCGCCUUCCUCUGGCUCCCGCGCCCCGGACCCGGGCCGGGCUGUGGCUCUGCUGCGUGCCCUGCGCGCCCCCCACCUGCCUCCGGAUGCUCUUCUCGGAUAACCUGUCGAGGAAGAUAAAGACAUUUGCCACCAAGAUGGUAAUCACGAGCGGAAAUGACGAAGACCGGGGAGGCCAAGAGAAAGAGAGCAAGGAAGAGAGCGUGUUGGCCAUGCUGGGCAUCAUCGGGACCAUCCUGAACCUGAUUGUCAUCAUCUUCGUAUACAUAUAUACCACUCUAUGAAAGGCCCUGCGCAGCCUCGGUGGCCUCGGGAUGGCCACGAGACAAGGCUCCCGUGCGUCCGCGUAUCGGUGACCACACACUGUUGGGGGCUGGCAGGUUCGAAGACCACACACUGCUCCAUCGAUGCGCCUUCGAACUUCCUGACGGGUCACCAGAUGAACCCGUCCUGCUCUGAGGAGCACACACUCUGAAGCACAAUGGAUCCAGCGGAACUCAUUCAGGCCACGAGGAACUCAGCGUCUCUGGCAGGGGACCAGGCAGGAUGCCGGAAAGGCCAGCCUUCUGCACCAGCGGUGAGCAUAUGGGUGAGGAAAUGCUUCACCUUGGAGGGCUGACCGCAUCCCACACUGGAAAGAGGAUGCGUGGGGCGGUCACAGCUCUGCUGCCCUCCUCCCAGGACCAGCAGGAUAAGCGCUAGGUGCGGUUCGCCCACAGGCGUUCUGUUCAUCAAAUGUUUCCAGCUGUUUGAUACGGGAGAGAACUUAUUUUUCCUUUUUCAUUGGCUUGAUGUGUGUAUCUGUUCAUAUCGAGGUUUAUAAAUCUAUAUUUUUAAUAAAUGUGCUCUAUUUUUUAGCAUGAACCAAAUAUUUGGAGAGGCGCUUCUGGAUCCAUAGCUCUUCUUGGUUUUAAACGCUUUUGCUCCGUCAGCUGUAGGACAUCUUUGUCUGUAGUCAUCCGGUUGUCUCAGCUCAUCUCAAGCCUUGCCCCUCGGGCUCUUCUCACCCUCUCUGUGCCCCCGCACCCCAUUCUCUCGUCUCUCUCCCCACUGCCUCUCCCUUCCAUCUCUAAUUCUCCUACCCUUCCCUCCUACCCACCCGCAUCUGCUCGCCCCUCUCCUCAUCUCUUGUCUAGAGGACAUUUUCCCAUAAUGCCAGCCGUGGUCUUGGCUGGUGUGUGCUUCGAGAUUGUCAAGUGGCUUUUUGUUGUUCUGUCAGAGAUAUAAAACGAUUGUGGGCAUGCAGACCUUAGAUGCACCCUGUCUUUACUGAGAAUUAUGCAUGAACAAGGGCUGAGUGACGGAUCAGCUUUCCACGUUUUAAAGGACUACCACGGAGGAAGAGGACCGGCCCUGCCUGCGGGUCACCCUUGGGACGGAGCAGUCACCAGCACAAGUGCAGUAUUGCUCAUUUGCUCCUGUAACCAUUCGAUUAUCAGAUUUUUAUUUAUUUAUUUAUUUAUUUUGUGACCGUGAGAGAUGGGAACGGGGAGAGCUCAAAUGCUCAGUGCGCCAUCCCUUCCUCGGUGAGAUGCCUGGGUAGGGGGGGUCUUUUCAGAAGUCAGUGGGAUGUGAGGAAGUGAGACCUCCCCACUGUGAGAGUGCACACACAGUCCCUGCUAUAACGGCACUGCUGUGACAAGUGACCCUUCAAGGGCAUUGGGAGGGGACUGGACGAUCUCAGUUAAGAAACCCUGUACAUUUUAAAGCUGUUUUCCACCCACACAAAGCUCACUUUUCUCUGAGGGGGGAUGGUUGAAUAAAUACAAAUUUGCCCUGCUCCCUGGCUCCCUAACGUAGCCCCAACCUGGCUGCAGUGCACAGCCUUGAGCAGAGCAGAGGGUCAGUGUUCAUUCUGCCAAGGGCAGAAAUGGCAGCAGCCUGCCCCUUGGCAUACAGUUGAUGCUAAUGGGGGAGGGGUCUCUGCUUGCCCCCUUCCUUAAAUGGCACCAUGACGGAGUCAUUUCCUGGGCUCCACUAAGAUACCAGUGUCUUUUAUAAAUCAAAUACCCAUGAGCACCUGGCUCUGCCCGGAAGUGUCUCCUGUUCCCCAGCAGAAGGACGGAUACUUUGUAUACAAGUCGCCAGGCCCUCUUUGUAGCCCAUGAGAGGGAGAGUCUCUCAACUGUGUCCUAGUAAAAGGAAGGGCAGCUCAGACCAGGAAUCUUCCCUGAGGUUACCUGGCACCCAGUGGAGUCAGAUUCUAGCCUCAGUCUGUCUAGUUCCUUGCUGUGGCUGGAAAGCCUGUCGCUUUGCUGAGGGUCAACCCAACACACACACACACACACACACACACACACACACACACACACACACACACACACACCUCAUAACAGAAAACAACCUGAGAACUCCCUGGACACACAGGACGCAGAAUAUGACACAAAUAGACCGAAGAGAGGCUGGUUAGGAACGUGGGAGACAUCCGGGGGUGAGCGCUACCUAUCAGGCUGUGCCAUUCUGGAAAAACUGUAAUUCUGGACAGUGGACUAAACAAACAAUAAAGGUACAGUGGGGAAAACCUAUCGGUGUGGUCAACUUCCUUGUGAGCCCGUGUGUAAUUGUUUGAUUUAAUAAAACUUGAUCGUGGCUGUGUA